GAUCAAUUACUAGAAAUCAGUGCGAACAAAAUAGCUUUGGAAUUGAAAUCCAUGGCAUCUAGGCGGAACAUUCCUUACAAUCGUCUUCCCGCUGAUGAAGACGAUGAUUAUGACGGUAAUGGUGGAAGACGAUACGAUCCUAGAUUUGACUAUACACCAAGAUCCCUGAAUAAAGUCCCGUGGAAAUCCAUUGCGCUUGCAAUUUUCCUGCUCUUUCUCGGAUGUUUCCUUCUCCUCCUUUCGAUAUUCAUCUUCACAGGUCACAUGACAGGAGAUCGGUCACAAGCGUACGGCCUGCUGGGGCUCGGAUUCCUUACUUUCCUCCCAGGGUUUUAUGAGACUCGAAUUGCGUAUUAUUCAUGGAGGGGUGCUGCAGGCUAUAGCUUUGCUUCCAUCCCUGAUUAUUGAGCAUGUACUUCAUUUGCAGUUCUUCCUUUGGUAUAUUGCUAUCACUUUUUAUCCAGUUGCGUGAUUUACAGACCCACUGUAUAGAAUUACAUGAUUUGUAUUUGAGUAAUGCUUUUCCAUUGCCACGCAGGCCAUACAUAUUUGUGCGGUGCUUAGCAGAGUUUGCUUUUUUUUUUUC